AAAAGAACUCAUUCUUAACGUCGGUAAUAAUUUAAUUUCACUUUAUUGUUUCUCAGCCAAUAGAUGUGUGUAGAUGAGCCUAUUGCUAGGCAUUGCAGAAAUGUUACACAGAAAUGUAGAACAAGGUGUACUGUAUGUAUUGUGUGUGUAAAUAUUUUCGGAUCGGCAAGAAAUUUUGUCCUACGAAUUUUUUGUAUAAUGUUUCCGACUGAACGACACACGCUUCUUCUGUAGUUACACAGUGUUGUUUAUGCAAUUAAUUUAUAUUAAUUAUACGACUCGCUACACAUGAACCUAAACAUUUAGGUAUAUCUCACGGGAUCUAUUAAAACAGUUCUUAUUGUUCGUUGUUGUUGUGUAACACUAGUUGCAUGGAGAAAAAUUGUUUAGCGCAAACGGUGAAAGCGUUUUUUUAUGAAAUGGUUACAAGAAUCAUGGAUACAAACUCUGUUACUAAGUCACAAAGAUUACAAACACUGAAACGUUCAGUUUUUAUAAUAUUACCAUCGAUAUUUAUGAAAAAACAAUACACAUAGAUAUUAAACUCUCCCAGAAGUUGUUUUCUAUCGCUCUAAAAUUGUCGACACACGUAAAUAAUCUUAGUCGUUUUAUCCAGUAUCAAAGAGACACGUAGAGUAAUAAAUGUAUAGUAUAUACAUAUAUACUUCCAAAGCUUAACAGGUAUGACAAAAAUGAAUAUUUCGAGUACUUUUAUCAAUAAAGACGAUUUUCCGAGAAUUUCAAUAAAGAUGUGCCAGGGUGUACAAUGGAAAAAACACGAUAGUAGAUAUUUGGUAUUUAUCGAUUAUCGUAAAUAUUCAAUCGAGAUUACACGUUUACCUCAAUCAUUAUUUUAAAUUCAUUAAGCCUACAAUUUAUCUCUAUAAUGCCGCACAGUGUAUUUCAAUAAACUUGACGCGUUAAAAAAGAUAACUUAAAAGUAAAAUUAUACACGUACCGCAAAGAACCUGAAUUACGUAUACAUAUCCUAACAAAAAGAGAAAAACAAUCGCGCUCCUCGAAAUAUAAAUCAGUAUUCUCUGUAUAUAUUGGUAAAUCAUAAGUGUGUAUUCUCCUUCGUUUCGCUAAAACUCAUAACCCAAGGUACAUGGAAGUUAUUGUCAAUCAACAGAAUUUCUUUUUUUUUUUUUUUUUUUUUUUUUUUUUUUUUAUUCGCACUCGCCACACUAAGUGGGAAGAAAAAUUCGCCAAAAUAAACACGGUAUCCUUAGUUGAAUAACAUACACUAACGAUAUAUAAUAUAUAAUAGUAUCGUACGUAAAUAGUGGAUAAAUCGAUAAGAAGAACAUAGAUGUUACUUAAUUUUUUUUUUUUUUUUGGUGACGAGAACCGAGCGAGCUCGAUACCCAUCGUUUUCUUUUCUCUUUGUACGUUACAUUCCCUUGCGAAAACUAACGUAUAAUGUUAUCAUCGUCGUACCCUAAACGUAUUCUCCUUGUUAUCGCAAUGCAAUAUUUAUGUACAAUGCGUUCGGAUGUUACGAAGGGCUUCCUCAGGUUUAGAGAUGUGUGUGCGCGGAAACACACACACACACACACACACACACCCACCUUUGUCGACUCGUAAAAUGAUACAUCGAUCGAGUGCCGUUGCGUGCAGGGAUACAUCGAUACAUUUAUCACGCGUCCUACACGGAAUAGAAGCAAAAUCGUGUCUUCCGUGAUCAAAUGGUGUACUUAUACCUAGAAGAUCGUUCGAAAAGCCUCGAAAGAACGCAAGCAGCAAUCCGAGAUAAAUUUCGCUUUUUUUCUUAAACUCUGCUGCAGCGUCUUGACUUUGAAUUAUUUUUUGGUCGUAAAUGCAGGAAGGAAAAAAGUUGAUUCGUGUUUGGGGUAGUGCAGUAUUCAUUGAGAAAUGCGUAUAUCGAAGUGGUUUCACUAGACUCGUAUGGUGUCUUAAUAUACUUGCAACUUUUAGAUGUCUCUGCGUGCAUAAUUCUAAGAUCGUCUCUAUUUUUGUAUUAUUCAGAGUUCCCUCCGUGUAAAUGGAAGAAAUAUCGAUCGAAACUAGAAAUGAUCUGGGAAAUAUCGUUCGUCGUCCCUGGAUAAUCUGUAAUUCUUGCUAACCGGUGUGUGUGUCUCUCCUUGGACUCGAAAGGCCUAGGUGGCGAAGGUGUUAUAGCGGUGCCAAAAUUACCGAAACACUGAAUCACGAUUUUUGUAUAGUCGCAAAUAUCAGCCCCUCCAUUCUAUUCUCGCGCCUUUUCCAUCUAUCGGGGGUAUAUUUUUAGACAAAAUGUCAGAGGGAUACCACGUCACGUAAGAACACCGGUGGGAGUAUGAAAGAUACACACACAGUUGAUUCACGAGGCGUGGGCGCCUCGUCCCGAAAAGUUUGCUAUUUAAGCCUCCUGCGUAUCUGCGGCUGAAUCAGAUCAGUAGAGAAUUCCUAACCCUGGGAACCGUGAGAGGAUUUCGUGCCAGUUUCGAUAAAAAUCGGAAAAAUCUGUUGUCAGUGUUGUUGUUUCAUAAGUGUCAAACCAACGGGUGAUCAACACCGUUCACGAAAAUCACGAUGUCCGUGGUACCGUUGAUGUUUCGCGACUGGUGGGACGAUUUCGACCGACCGGUGUCCCGGAUCAUGGAUCAACACUUCGGCAGAGCGGUCGACCGGGACGAUCUGAUAUCAAGGUUCUCGGAGUUGAGCAGCCUCGAGAGGCCGAUGCGCUCGAUCUUCGGCAACAGAUACUAUCGACCGUGGAGGAACGCGGUGACGCGACAGCAAUCGAGCGGAUCCAGCACGAUUCAGAUCGACAACCAGAAUAACUUCCAGGUAAUAUUGGACGUUCAGCAAUUCUCACCGGAAGAGAUCACGGUGAAGACGGUCAGCAAUAACAUCAUCGUCGAGGCCAAACACGAGGAGAGGCAAGACGAACACGGUUAUGUCAGCAGACAGUUCGUACGCAGAUACGUCUUGCCCCCAUCUCACGAUGUGAUCAACAUUACCUCGAGCCUUUCUUCGGAUGGUGUAUUAACUAUCACGGCACCCAAAAAGGGCGAGACACCUAGCGGAGGCGAACGAGUUAUCGAAAUCGUCAAGACCGGCGAACCGGCCAGCAAACCGGUCAAUGUGGAUACUACCGAUUAGAAAUAAUUUUAGCCCCCCCCCCCCAAAAAAAACAAUUCAUAAUUUGUCUACCAUUUUCUAUAAUGUAUAUUUUUAUAUUAAAUUCUAUGCGAUCAUAUACAACAUAUACCAUAAUGUAGUUGAACAUUUGAUAAAUUUUGUAAUACGAUAUCAUAUAAAAGGGACGAAUAUAUAAUAUUG